AUGAGCUCGCUUUUGACCGCUUUUAUUAUAUCAUAUUUUUUUAUUACAUCAAUAAGAAUUGAUGGUGCUCAGGAGGUAGAGAAAUCUAUAGUUAUUGUUCCUGUUGGUCAGGAUCCAAAUACCUCAAAAAUUAAAGUAGUUAUUCCUGUUCAGAAGGAUGGUACAACAAAUCCAUUACCUUGUGUAUUAGAUGAUGGUGUUCAUGAGAAUGGUCAAACAUUUACUAAAGCAAAUUUUCAUUAUAAAUGUGUCAAUGGUGUUUCAACUGUUAUAGCUUGUAUCUCUGAUGACAAAGCUGUUAUUCAAAUUGGAAGAACUUUUAUUAAGAAUGGAAUUAAACAUAAAUGUAUAAAUAAUGGAGAUACUGUUACUUAUGAAUAUAAAAGUACAUGUUAUAGUAAUGGAGUUAAUUAUAAUACUGGUGAUACAUGGAGAAAUGGUACAUUUCAAAUGCGUUGUGAGGAUGAUAGAAUUUCUAUAAGUGGUUGUUAUACACGAAAUGAAGUACCAGAAACAUUAUUACAAGUUGGUGAAACAAGAAAAAUUGGAUCAAAAAAAUUUUCAUGUGUUAAAGAAGGUUCCGGUAAAAUAAGAUAUUCCUCCCAAACAAUUGGUUGUGACAGAGAUGGGGUAAUUUUUAAUGAAGGUGAAGUUUUUCAAAAUCAACAAAUUAAAUAUCGAUGUAAUGCUGAUGGAACUAGUACAGCUUUAGGAUGUGUUGAUUCUGAAUCAAAAGUUUUUGUAGAAGUUGGUAAAGAUAUAAUGAUAAAUGAUGUUAUUUAUCGUUGCUAUAGAAACGGAAAGACUACUUUUUUCCAAAGAUUUCAUUGUCAAGGAAAGUCAUUUGAAGAUUGUUUAAAUUCUGCAACAAAAGCAGGUAGAAGAAAAAGAACUGUAGCAAUAAAUGACGUAUAA